AUGCUGCAACCGACUGUCACGGCUGCUCAUGGCACUGCCAAGCGCUGGGAAAAUGCCGUCGCCCAGCUCUUUCUCGACCCGUCCGGCCCGACACUUCGCCUCUGCACCAAGGCACUGAGCGCAUGCGAUCGGGCACGGAAGUGGCAGCUGGCGUUGAAUAUAUUCGCGGAUGUCCGGGCGAAGCGACUCGAGGUGGACACCAUCCUCUUCAACUCCUUGCUAAGCGCCUGUGGCAAAGGCUCGCAUUGGACUCAAGCGCUUCGCUGCUUCCAGGAGCUGCAGGCCGAAAGCCUCUGUGCUGAUAUUGUAACAUACAACUCGCUCAUCAGCGCAUGUGAGCGAGGUAGCAAGUGGCAGGCGGCGCUGAAGUGCCUCCAGGACAGCUUGGAGGCCGGCUUGGAACCGACUCUCGUAACCGUCAGCGCUGGGGUCAGCGCCAUGGAGAAGGGCUGUCAGUGGCAGAGCGCUGUGGAACUAUUUUCGAUGUCAGGCGACGCGAGCAUUGAAGCCGAUGUGAUUCUGUACAGCUCACUGGCUGCUGCAUGUGGCCGUGGCCAUGCUUGGACGCGGGCCUUGGAUGUGUGGGCUGAUUUGAAGGAGCGAGACCAGCGCGUGAACACCGUCCUUUGUUCCACCUGCAUCAGCGCCUGUGCGUUGAGCAGCCGGUGGACGCAGGCUCUGGCAUUGCACAAGGAGUUCGACAAGCUGAGCUUGGAGAAGGAUGCAGUGGCCUUUGGCGCCAUGCUCAAUGCCUUUGCGAUGGGAAACCUGUGGCAAGAAGCCAUAUCGCUUCUGGCCACGAUGGCCGCGGCAUCAGUUCAGCCAAGCCUGAUCGGCUACAACGCAGCGAUCAGCGCUUGCGAGGGCGGACACCGUUGGGCGGAGGCUCUUCAGCUGCUUGCGAGCAGCCCCGCUGCCGGAUUGCAGGCCGAUAUCGUCACAUACGGUGCCGUGCUCAGCGUUUGUGAGAAGAGCCUGCGCUGGGAAGAGGCUAUGGCUGUGUUGAGGAGUGCCAAAAAGCGAGCAGUGGAUAUCAAUCUGAUCGCCAUCAGUGCUGCCGUCAGUGCCUGCGAGAAAGGCAGCCAAUGGGAGAAGGCCCUGGGGCUCUUUGCAGAGUUCCGUGCGCACAACGACCAAGGUACUGUCCAGAAGUCAGAGCAAAGCGACAUCGUCGUGUACAGCGCGGUCAUCAGCUCGUGCUCGAAGUGCGCGAGGUGGCAGACCGCCCUCGGACUGCUGAACGACUUUGAGCGUGCGGCCGCCCAGGCCCAAGCGGCGAACGCGCAAACAUACAAUGCGGCGAUGCUCGCCUGUGUCACGGGACAUGCCUGGCGGACGGCUGCAGCUCUCGCGUUGCAAAUGCAGCGCCAGCAGGUGGAAACUGAUGUGAUUGCUUCCUGUACGCUAGUCGGUGCCUUCGUUGCCGGCGCGCAGCCUGUGCAAACUGUGGCCUGCAUGGACUUGCUGCACCAUCGAGCACUCGCAGCCAUGCCUGCAUGA